CACUAGAUCAAUCAUCCUCAAUGGUAUAAUUUUGGGGAAGGACUAUCCGUUUGAAGGACCAAAGGAAAACAGGGGUUCAGAAAACUUUUGAAAUUGCAUUUGGUGGUGCAGAAAUUACCUGCUGCAUCUUUAGAAUAUUUUUCUAGACUACAAACUAGUGACAGGUCAUAUAUAUUUCAAUCCAUUGAAACUGUAAAGAGAGAGUUUACUUGAUAUACUCAUGUUUAAGGGCUUCACCGGAGACUGCUCGCACUGCUGUUAGAAAUGGAACAAGGACAAGAGGACAAAGAACAGGUUGAGCGACUUUGGGUACUCUUCCUUUCAAGCUUGGAAAACUUCCAGCAAGACUUAAGGAAGGUCACCACCUUGCAAAAUAUGUUCCCCCUCACACAGCGCAAAGACAGGCAAGCCCUCAUCAACACUGGAUGUGCAGGUGGAACAUCUGAAGUAGCGGCUCGGGCAGCCAUGGUGCAGACCCCAUGGUUUUUGGUAGAGACGACGGCAAGCCCAGAUCUGAAGACACAUGUGGAAGAGAUUGAUAUUCUACUUGAAGAAAUGCUACAGCGAGUUAACGUGCCACUGUGGUCAGUGGAACCCACGCAACAAGCAUGGGUGGAAGGCUGUUCUACACAAGAUGGUGGGCACGACAAUGAUGAGACACUAGAGGAGAUGAUGGAAGUAGAGGUGGUGUCUCAAAAUACUACAGCAGGCUGUUGCCAUCACCAAAACUGCAAAGUAGGCUGUCUACUGUGUCUGCUCAGCUAG